UUAUGGAAUCUCAGAGGGAUUCAGAUGAUUAUGAACGCCCCUUAUCGUGUGGCAAGUGUGAAAAACACGUACAAUUUGUGUGUGAGCCAUGUGACAGCAGUUUCUGUAACACGUGUGUAGGGGAACACAUCUCUAACAGGAACAGUGGAAGUCAUGACGUCACAUAUCACAAAACAUACCGGGAAAAACUACGAAAGAUGAAUAAAAAUAAAAGAAAAGAAAGCGUACCAGUUAUAAAAUGUGUCGUGGAUGGUUGGCAAAUGAGCGGGAAAACAAGCAUGAUCCAAGCGUACAUCGACGGCAAGUGUCCCAAGUUUGAGAGCAUUCACCCCACAGUCCACGAAAUCCACACCAUUGAUAUACAACACCAGGGUAGAGAAGUCUGUAUUCAUUUAUACGACAUCCCAACUUGUGAAUUCUAUGACGGGCUCAGAAGAGUUAUCCUACAGGAAUUGACAUAUGACGUCAUCCUCCUUUGCAUUCCUAUUGAUUUCGUGAAUUUGGAAAGAGAAUCAAAAAUUCUGUUGAAGGAUUUGCACAAUUGUAUUCCUGUUCCACCUCCAGUCAUUGUCAUCGCCACAAAAAUAGAUCUCCGUGAAAAAGCAGAUGUGGGGGUUCAGAGAAUUCCUCAUGGGAAGAAGAAACAGUCUGUAGUAUCCGGGAGACCAGUAGUGUUUCUACAACAUGGACUUCUGGCAUCCGCAACUAAUUGGGUCACCAAUCUGGCAAAUGAGAGUUUUGGUUUUGUGUUAGCUGAUGCAGGUUUUGAUGUCUGGCUCGGAAACUCUAGGGGGAACACUUACUCUAGAAAUCAUGUGAAGUUGUCUCCAAAAGAGGAUGCAUUCUGGGCUUGGAGCUGGGAUGAGAUGGCAAAGUAUGACAUUCCAGCAGUUAUUGAUUACGUUCUACAAAAGACCGGGGAACGGCAGCUAUACUUUAUCGGCCACUCACAGGGAACACUACAAGCAUUUGCUGCUUUCUCACAAAACGCAACACUUGCCAAGAAGGUCAAGCAGUUCUUUGCUAUGGGACCUGUUGCAACCAUAGCACACAUUGAAAGUCCCAUCAAAUACAUGGCUAUAUUUACAGAUGAGCUUCUCUAUGGUUUACUAGGACGGAGAGAUUUCCUGCCCAGUGACUGGAUAUUUAAGGUGCUGGGGAGUACAAUUUGUAAGGAGAAAAUUACAAGCAUCAUCUGUACGAAUGUCAUCUUCCUUCUGGCAGGAUAUGACACUAGCAACCUCAAUGUGACUCGUCUUCCAGUGUAUGUAUCACAUGCCCCUGCUGGAACAUCUAUGCAAGACAUGGUCCACUUUGCACAGAUGUCCAGAAGUGGCCGUUUCCAGGCUUAUGACUGGGGUACACCAGAGAAAAACAAGAUCCAUUAUCAUCAGGCAACACCUCCCCUGUAUAAUGUAUCUACAAUGGCUACUCCUACUGUGUUGUACUGGGCUGAUCACGAUUGGCUGGCCGAUCCUAAGGAUGUAGCAGCUUUACAGCAAAAAAUUACCAACUUAAAAGGCAGCUAUGAAUUAAAAUCCUGGAAUCACUUAGAUUUUAUCUGGGGUGUAGACGCAGCCACCCUGGUUUACAAACCUAUAAUAAAUCUGAUCAAAAAAGAUCUAAAGAGCUGAUACAUUGUAAUGAUAAACAGUGUACAAGCUGUUUUAUAACAACAAAACUUCACAGCCUGAUGCUGUGAACAAACAGUGUUAUCUCAUGUAUCUUUGUUAUGGGAUUGGGUAUGUUUAGUUAGAAUGGAGGAAACCAAAUCUUCAGAUCCAAGCUAGUCAUAUAAUAUUACAGUGAAACUCUGUAAUCUGACACCUGUGCAAUCUGUUUCACUGUGAAUACCGACAUUGAAUUUGAUUCCUAUUUUCCAUGUUUUUUACACUGUGUAAUCUGACACCCUGUCUAUUUUGACACAAAAUUUGUCUCCCAAGCAUGUCAGAUUAAACAGGUUUCACUGUAUAUAAAUGUCAUAAAAAGAAGAUA